AACAAUUUUGUUCUUAUUCCCAUUCAGAUUUCAAUUGAUAGAGAGUUUGUACUGAUACAAAAUUUAUAUUAUACUUUAUAUUGCUUUCAUUUGAAAAAACAGAAACGAAACAAAAAAUUUGAUUAUGGUACGUUUAAUACCAUUUGAAGAGUUAUUUUGUAUGCUCGGCGAUUCGUAUGGUAUAGUGGCAGAUUCGUGUAGAAAUCAGGAUGAUUUCUUUAACUUUAUGGAAACUUCACGCUGGCGUUCGAUCAGACGCAAAACGUACAAUUGCAUGAACUGCAAGGAAGCCUGCUAUCCCGUUUACUAUUGGGUGCUGUUGGUUUUGAGUCUUUAUGGAACGGUACAAAGUGUUGGUGCAUUUUUAAGCGAAAUGUAUUUAAGCGCUACAGAAACAACAGACACAUGGUAUAAAAAUAAAUUCCAUGCUCUACCUCUAUAUAUUUUGAUACGUCUGCGGGUCAUGGUUCGUUUUACCGCCGCUUAUUGUUGGAUUUUGCUGCUCUAUGCAGUGAUCUAUGUCUCUCCUUUCUACAUGAAACCUUGGAUUGUAGUUCAUGUAGUAGUUUUUACCUUGCGCCUUAUCAUGCACAUCUUGGAAGCCAUUAUAGGUCGUUUGAGGCAGAAGGUGCUUCAUUUAUUAGUUAGCAAGGCUCUGCAUAUUUUUAUCAUUGCUCUUGUAUUUCAAGCCAUGUUCACAUUUCAUGCAGCCCUCAAGAAGAAUAGUCGAGAAAAGUUAAUGCUUUCCAAUGAAUACAUAAACUUGCUAUAAACUAUUUGGGAAUAUAUUUUCAAGAAAAGCAAUGUUAUUACAAUUUUUCAACCAAUAUUUCUGUUGUCAGUUUGCAUUAUAGCUUAUUGGGCAUUAAAAUAAACCAUCUUAUCGAGGACCGAUUGGUCAUGCCUAGAA